AGUUUGGAUAGUAACCCAACACAGGAUAAACACAGACCAAUUUUAUCCACAGCUCUGCAGGCUCGAAGGGUGUGGACAUCAGAGUGAAGACUAGCAGUUCAGCAGAGCUUCUGUUAAUCAGGACGCUGCUCGGAGAGACUGUCAUCGUUUCAGGGAACAGGUAAAGGAAGCAGGUGGGAAUGAACUUUGCGUUGGGUUUCAAGCCGGCAGUGGGGGAGUCCAGCUCCAUGGAGAACCUGGAGAAGCAGCUGAUCUGCCCCAUUUGCCUGGAGAUGUUCACCAAGCCAGUGGUCAUCCUACCGUGCCAACACAACCUCUGCAGGAAGUGCGCCAGUGACGUCUUCCAGGCCUCCAACCCUCUUUGGCAGACCCGUGGUUCCACCACUGUGUCCACAGGAGGCCGAUUCCGCUGCCCGUCCUGCCGACACGAGGUGGUGCUAGACCGGCAUGGAGUGUAUGGCCUUCAGAGGAACCUCUUAGUGGAGAACAUAAUUGACAUCUACAAACAAGAGUCCACCAGGCCACUCCUACCCAAACCAGACCAGCAGCAGCUGAUGUGUGAGGAGCACGAGGAGGAGAAGAUCAACAUCUACUGCCUCACCUGUGAAAUGCCCACUUGCUCAAUGUGCAAAGUGUUCGGUGCACACAAGGACUGCGACGUGGCUCCACUGCAGACCGUUUACAAGAGCCAGAAGACCGAGCUGAGCGACGGCAUUGCCAUCUUGGUCGCAGGAAAUGACAGAGUCCAGGCCUUGAUCUCACAGAUGGAGGACAUUUGCAGGACCAUCGAAGAAAACGGCCGGCGGCAGAAGCAGCAGCUGUGCGAUAAGUUUGAAGUCCUGUACGCCGUCUUGGAUGAGCGUAAGAAGGAGCUGGUGGAGUGCAUCAGCCGUGAGCAGGACCACAAACUGAGCCAAGUGCGAUCUCUCAUCCGCUGCCACGGAGACUAUCUGGAGGUGGCUGUCAAACUGGUAGAGACGGCCAUUCAGUCCAUGGAAGAGCCGCAGAUGGCUGUGUUCCUUCAGAAUGCAAAGGAGGUGUUUAAAAAGAUCACAGAGACUGCCAAGGCCUCCAACCUGGAGCGAACGGAGGCGGGCUACGAGAGCAUGGCUCACUUCACCGUCAACACAGACGACGCCGCCGACACGCUGAGAGCCAUCGACUUCCUCACAGUCUCUCUGGGCGACGAAGGGGACGACGGCUGUGAUCUGGAUGAAGGGGCUGACGAUCAAGCCUGUCUGCCUGGUGUGGGAGGAGAACCAGGGAAAUGCUAGGUCAUCUGGAGUCUCAUGACUCAUCUCCAGUCAAGCCUCAGGAGGGAGGAGGUUUUUCUUCCUUAAUCCCUCCAACACAAGAGCUGUUCAUCCUUUCUUUCAUUUGUCUGUUCUGGUUUUGUAUUAUUCUGUGGAUUGAAGAAGCAACAUGUCACCACAGUGCAAUAAAACACCUCCUGCCUUCCCACA